CCAUUUUGCAAUGUGGGAGAGAGAGAGAGGGGCCACUUUUUAUGGCUAACGAAUAAAAGAAAGCGGUUUUAUGUGCUGAGGACAAAGAGCGCCAAACGUCUCCGUGUCCGUCAUGGAGGACACCACUAAUGUCAUCACACACUCAUCCGCUGCCUCGUCUUCCUCCUCCACAUCGGCGGCACUGGGCUCCCACACACGGCAAACCAAAGAGAAGCAAUCCUCCCAGGGUUUUCAGCAGAAAACGGCAGAUGAUUCUCUCAUCCAGGUCAUAAAGAAGCUCAGCAAGAUUGUGGAGAAGCGGCCCCAGCGUCGCUGCGCAUCAGGGGGACAGAAAAGAGCACUCCAAGUGGGGGAAAGGGGAGCUGAGCAGGGGGGCGGCUCUAUAUGUAAGAAAAUUAAAAGGAACUAUAAGGACGAGGUGGGAUUAGAGCGCAGCACAGCUGACAGCAGUCUUCCCUCACCUUUGUCAGGUGAUGAUAACAACAAUGUGACCACCACGGUGGCAGAGGUAGCUGCCAACCCCAACAGCAGCGACCACAAGCGGACGGUGACGUGCUAUCAGUGCAGCCUGUGCCCCUAUCUCUCCCAAACACUGCCCCUGCUGAAAGAACACCUGAAGCAGCACAACGAGCAGCACAGUGACCUCAUCCUCAUGUGCUCCGAGUGUCACUUUACCUCCAGAGACCACGAACAGCUGGAGGCGCACGUCAGGAUGCACUUUGACAACGGAGACAACCAGAAGAGAAAGUACCUGGUGAGUGAGGCGAAGGAAGAGGUUUUAAAAAAGCAGGAUGUGGAUCUAACAGGUGACAACUGUAGUGCAGGAACCGAAGUGAAGAAAAGCUCAGUGAGCAGUGCUAAGGAGUUACCACAGAAGAAGAAGUGGUACAGCUAUGAGGAGUAUGGCCUGUACCGCUGCCUGAUCUGCAGCUACGUUUGCAGUCAGCAGCGAAUGCUCAAAACCCAUGCCUGGAAGCACGCCGGCCUCGUCGACUGCUCCUAUCCCAUCUUUGAGGAUGAAGAUGGAUGUUCUGCAAAGAGAGAGGUGCAAGCUGCUCCUAACAAUGCGUCAGCCAGAGAGGAAAUAGUUGUUCUUCAAGAUAAAAGCCUGCAAAAGCUCCCCACCGGCUUUAAGCUGCAGCUCUGCAUGCCCGUGGACAAACAGGAAGUGCUGAAUCUUCAAGGCUCUCAUCUCAGUGAAAGUCCAAAAACGGUAGAGGAAGAGUACCCCAUCAAAGACCUGACGUCUGAGGAGCCCGUGGUGGAGGUGCAGGUGACCACUGAGGCAGAGACGGAGGUGGAGAUAGGCGGUCACCAUGAAAGCACCUCUGUGACCGACAGCUUGCUGUCAUCGGCUCAGAAGAUCAUCAACAGAAGCCCCAACAGCGCCGGCCAUAUCAAUGUGAUCGUAGAGCGGCUUCCUUCAGCUGAGGACUCAGUCAUGGCCUCUAACCCACUUCUUCUCAGCCCAGAUGUGGACGGGGAUAAGAGCUUACUGGAGAAAAAAGCAGAAGAGCAGGAGCAUGUGGAAGGUGUGAAAGAUGAGGUGGUCCUCUGCUACAGUCCGGGGAACACUAACGAAAGCCAGCACUUAGGAGCCGAUAUCAAAUCUUCCAUCACUAAAAGUAACGAACUUCCACGGGAUGAAAACGUCCCCCCAGCUGGUCGCAAGAGGACGCACUCGGAGUCUCUCCGCCUCCACUCGCUGGCUGCCGAGGUCCUCGUGGCUAUGCCUAUGAGGACGCCCGAGCUGCCCAACUCUGGCGCCAAGGUAGCUCUGAAGACCGUUCCGGCACAGGCGCAGAGCCCGACAGCAGGCCAGAAACCCACAGAGGGGGCUGCAGCCGGACAGAAGGCCUCUGACGUGGGAACGGCAGCAGCUAUGCUGAACUGUAAUGAGGGCAGAGAGGAAACUCUAGGAUCUCUGGGCCUGGGCAAAGGAGACGACGACGGGCCUGCAGCUAAUGGCGGGAUCAGCCUUUCCCUGCUCACAGUCAUUGAAAGACUGAGGGAGCGCUCAGACCAGAACACCUCGGACGAAGACAUCUUGAAAGAGCUUCAAGAUAACGCACAGUUCCAAAAUGGAGCUGGAGUGGUCACGGCGAAUGGAGCGGGCAGUUACGUGUGCUCCAGUGUUCCAGGGAUGGACGGGUUGGUCGGCUCUCCUGACAGCAGUCUGGUGGAUUACAUCCCCGGCAGCGAUAGGCCGUAUCGCUGCCGCCUGUGUCGCUACAGCAGUGGCAACAAGGGCUACAUUAAACAGCAUCUGCGGGUGCACAGGCAGAGGGAGCCGUAUCAGUGUCCCAUCUGUGAGCACAUCGCCUCAGACAGUAAAGACCUGGAAAACCACAUGAUCCACCACUGCAAGAGCCGGAUGUACCAGUGCAAGCAGUGUCCAGAUGCCUUCCACUACAAGAGCCAGUUAAGAAACCAUGAAAGAGAGCACCACAGCUUCAGCAGUGACGUGGAAAUGCUCACACCAGUCGCUGAGACGGCGGCCGCAAUGGAGGAAACGGAGCGGGUCACAGAUGAAGAAGGUAGUCCACAGAAGAUGUUUAAGUGCGACGUGUGCAACUACACCAGCUCUACGUACGUCGGGGUGAGGAACCACCGGCGCAUUCAUAACUCUGACAAACCUUAUCGGUGCUGCAGCUGCGAUUUUGCCACCACCAACAUGAACAGUUUAAAGAGCCACAUGAGGAGGCACCCUCAGGAGCACCAGGCCGUGCAGCUGCUGGAGCAGUACAGGUGCUCUCUGUGCGGCUAUGUGUGCAGUCACCCACCAUCGCUCAAAUCCCACAUGUGGAAGCACGCCGGAGACCAGAACUACAACUACGAGCAGGUUAACAAAGCCAUUAACGAGGCAAUCUCCCAGAGCAGCCGAGCUCCUCAGAAGUUAUCUGCGGUGGUAGAGUCUGUGGCAGAGCGCCCGGCAGUGUCCCCACACUCAAAGGACAAAGCAAAGAGCACAGCGGAUCCACCGCUAACACCCACAUCAGCAACUAAAGCUGCUCUGUCAGCUGACAGCCCAGUGGGCUUCUCCACACCUCCCACAGAUCCUUCAAAGUGGUCCCCCGAGUCCGCAAGCCCCCAGGGGAAGGACCCUGCGCAGCUUCAGUCUCAGUCCCAGAGCCAUCCACGCACGGGCCAGCUCCCCCCGCCAGGCCCCGGCAUGGAGUACUGUGUGCUCUUGUUCUGCUGCUGCAUCUGCGGCUUCGAGUCCACCAGCAAAGAGCGACUGAUGGAGCACAUGAAGGAGCACGAGGGAGACAUCAUCAGCAUCAUCCUGAACAAAGAGCAGCAGCAGUCAGAAGCACAACCAAGCCUCCAAACAGCAGAGUGACACAUGCACUUUCCCCCCUCCCCAUCCUGACUUUGACCCCCACCCUGUGCUUUCACAAGCUUUUCAUGAGGUUUCUGUCCGUCAGCGAGGCGGCGGAGGAAACAUUUUAAAUCUACUGCAUCACAGUAGUCCAGUCAUUUCAGUGACGGUACUCUGAUUGGUUCGGUUGUUGCAUCAAAAGGUUACGUUUGUAAGGCUGCGAUGACUCGUGUCCACACAUUUCAGAACAAACGAUGAAAUGUUUUAUUGACGAUGUUCUUUCGAAAGGAAUGUUUAAAAAACGAUUGACAGUGCUAUAAGCCGUUAAUAUUUGUGUCAAAUAAUUACACACUAAAUGACGCAAAAUGUGUCUGUAGGGAAGCGAUUUUGCUUUCAAGGGAGGAGCCCGAGCUCUCGACUCAAGUCCGUUUUUUUCACUCUACAGGGACGUGUUCAUACCUCACAAAACCACGCGAUCCCUCAACCAGAAAAGAUUUCCAUAUUUUCAAGUCUAAUCCAUAUAUUUUUGAUUCUAAGGCAGCUCUUUUAUUGCUACUGUAUUUAAUGUAUUUAAUCUGACAGAGUUGAAGCUCUAGCCAAGUAGUGGAGGUGCAGACUCACCGAUGCCUAAAAAGGCAUUUACCACAGCUUAAAAAAACCUUUCAAUAUUUAUCUGUUUAUUUUAAUGCAUGUUAAGUUCCGUUAUGCCAAUUUAAACGACUAUCUUUGUUAUAUUUUCUUUCUUCUUUUUGUGGCUCUUAUUGUAGUUUUACUGUUUGUUAAGUAGCUUCUUUAGCAGAGACCCUGAUAGUUCUCAAAGGUGGAGCGUAAGUUGACUGGAGCAAAGCAGGAACUGGCCUUUGGAUCGUUUUCAGUUGGUGUAAAAGCAUGUCGACAAAAGGAAUAACAAAAAGGGAAGCUGGGAUUGGCGGGGCUCGUGUUGUAAUACAACGAUGUUUGAAAGCCGGUUUAUGUCAUAUCGAAUGCGACACAAUUAUCACUCGAUUGUGAUUGUGGUGCUAGGUUCACUUUAAGACUUAUCAUUGAAGGUAUUUUUAUAGCUCAUGCUGUUUAUGAUGUAUAUAAUAACAUUUUUAUAAGGAUAUUUCCACUUUUUGUCAGUGUUUUUAAAAAUAUAAACUUUCUAGUAUCAGCUUGAAGCGCGGCUGCUGUCCCAGCUUGAACAUGCCUGAAAUGAGAAGACGUGGAUGUGAAAAUAAAGUUUUUAAGUCAACGUGUUUUGGGGGUGUUUCUGGCGAAGUCCCAUGUCCUCUCACUGGCAGGAGGGCAGGCACUGCAGACCUCAGCCCAGCUCUUUCAAAUGAUGAAUGGCUGGCAGCAAUAGUAUUCACUGACAUCUUUUGAGCAUAAAAAAUUGAAACCUGGUAUUUUAAAUGUUGCUCAAAGUGUGCAAGAAACAUCUGGAGGAGAUGAUAUUUACCUGGGUGUCACUCAAUGACCCUCGCUGUCCAUUCAGGAGGUUCAAGUUCAAGUGAGGAGCAAUCAUCCCGUGCCAUCCUAGUAGUCGUUCCAAGCCUAACGCACGACCGCGCCGGUCACGCCACUCAGCAAAUUUGGCUCCCUGUUCCUCCUCUUUCUAAAAACGAUUCACUCUGGAGAAAAUCCACUGCACAGAUGCAAGUAGAAAGAAACUCGCACAAGGAGUUCACUUUGGUGGGCCUUGGAGUUCAGUCGAGGGGACAGAUCCUGAGUGGUGAGUGAGGUUGGAGUGUUAAGAUUGCAAGUGAAGAUUUGACCUUUAAGCCUGCGUGAUAAAGGAUAUAAGCAGCAUGCAGAUUGGUGUUUUCUAGUCUGAUUGGUAGUGACUGCAGUGAUUUUGGUUCAUUUAUUUGACACCCAGCAUUUCACAGCUUAAUUGUCUUGCGUUGCUCACCUCAGAGCCUUGAAGGAUAACAUCCCCAUUUCUGCUGGAGUCGUCCAAAAACACAUCAAGAUUACAGGAAAAUAAAAGUUAACAGAAAAUUAAGAGCGAUUAAGAAGAUGAGGCUUACUAACCGGGAGCUCGGUGACAAAAUCUCCUGUUAAUUCAUCAGUAUGUCUCCUUAUUUCUUGCAUGCACACAGACUGAGGAAAUUAAGAUAAAAUGGCAUAUCCAUAACUCACUUCCUCUCACCCCCCACCUCACCUUACAGAACAGCUUGAAAUUCUGUCGGCAUGCGUGUGCAGCGCAGAGGAUGAAAGAAAAUUAAAUCUCUAUCUCAAAGACCUGUUACCUCGCCUGGAAUUCUCAUUAUCAUAGGAGAUAAUUAUUGUCUGACUUUUAAUUUACAUUUUUACGUGGCAGGAUUAAAAAUGAUGGGCAAUUCAAAAAGGAAAAGUGGGAUUUUACUCCUGUCUCGUGUCUUUAAAGGACCGGACCAACCGCAUGCUCUCAGCAGCCUGUUUUUAGUUAAGUAAAAGGCUCAUUCCAGGUGCUUUUCUUACAUUUUCCAUGCACCUCUUACAGUUUACUCUGCAGAAAAAUUAGGUAGGACUUGGGUCCAUUGAUUCUUCCAUCCAUUUUCUACUACUUAUCUGGGUCUGGGGCGGUAGGGCAGCAAUCUAAGAAUAGUUGCCCGAAUCAUGUGGUUCCUCAAUCCAUCUCAAAGAGAGGAUCCAGACACUCUUUGGAGGAAGCAGCGUGUAUGCAUGAACUUAUUCAUUUGGUUAUUACUCACAGCUUUGCCUUUAGGUGAGAGGAGACUUCUUAGCCUUUAUGCUUGGCUCUCUCUUCACUAUAGCGGUAUGGCAUCAUGGUGCAUCUGUCAAUCUCCUGCUCAAGUCUGCCCCAAUGUGUGAGCAAGAUAAUUGAACCCUAUUGCUGCCCAGCCUCACACUUUUUCCAGCUUGGCUCCAAGGCCCUAUCCCGCUCUGCACUUUGUAUGAAAUCCCAUUGUGAGCUGUGAAAAGUAAAAAGCAAAGACAGAAAACAAUAUUACUGUACAAGCUGUUAGUGCUUCCUAUUGGUCGGACAGAUUGAUCAGGAAGUGAAAACAGACGUGAAAAGCAGCAGUGUGAACAUCAGGCCUGACUCGGUUUAACUGCUCAGCUUUGCAGUGUAACUGAUGAUCAUCGAUACUUUGGGUUCAGAAUUUCACCGUCACAUCCCAUAAAAAAAAACAAUAUCCAUGCAGCCAUGUGCCAACUAUUACUAGCUUCCCUAUUCUACCAGCAGCACAAAUAUGCUAGCUGCUACUGCUAACACAUACCGCUAUGAAAAAAAGUGCAAUUUUUAAAAAUGCAUCAAAAGCUAAUUUCGUUUGCCAAUAUUAAUCAAGGAACAUGCAGAUAGUGCAGUGCACUAUUUGACCUGGCAGAUCAGCUGACCUCGGUAGCAGCCAAUACCAGAUCUCAGGUGUAGUGUGCACAUUUAAGUUGCUUUAGCCUGCCCAAAAUCUCUCCAUCUGCAAGCAGCUUUGCAACCCACCUCACUUUCAUUUUCUCCUUUUCACGCUGUGUCUGGC